AUGCCUCGCGGUGUUGCUAAGCAAAGUCAGCAGUCUCCUACUAUUAAAAAAUCUUCGAAGAAUCGUAAAGCGGCGGUGCUCGUAAUUAAGACCAUUGGAUUCCUCGUUAUGCCUUACUCAUAUUGCAAAACUAAUAAGUUACCUUACAAAAUGGCGCCUGGUUAUAAGAGGUAUAAAGAGUGUAUGCGUCGUAGUCGUACUUACGAUAGAAAUGGGAUUUCGUUGGCUAAUACGCAACGUUUAGCUACUGAAAAGGAGCGUAUAGACGCUAAAGAGCAUCAGACAGAACAAAAACUAUUAUAA